UUAUUUAGAGCCGGCAGUGGCAAUCGCACAGUGAUUAUCGGACAUUCAUUCAGUGAAUAAAGAGCGCUAAUUUACCGCGCAUUAGUUUAAAAAAAUAUAUAAAUUCUUAUAAAUUUUUUUAUGUGCUGGCUAAUCACAACUACUUAGUAAACAAUCUUAAUAUCGUUUAAAUAAAAAUAAACUCGUAAACUCGUCAUAAUAGUUAUUGGUAGUGUUACAAACUGAUAUACAACCAUAACUGAAUCUUCAUCGGGCCGUUAUAUACAAGGGCCAAUCUUUUAAAGAGCCACCAUGAACGUAAAUAUGAGCAUGUCACCUGGAAAUGGUGUGAUGUUGCCGCCAUUGACGGACGAUGAUUUAAUGCCGUUAUAUGCAAGUUUACAAAAUUUAUCCGAUGGCACCGCACAAAUGCACGCAACACUUUUGGCAUUUCAAAACGAUCAAAUCAUCGCCAACGAUUUUUUUAAUGGUUACCAAGGCGGUUUGGAACCAAUGGAUAUGCCCUCAACAGACACAUUAUCAAUAACAGAGCGCAAAAAUGGAUUAAUUUUGAAUGUGGGUAAUCUACUUAGAGAAUAUAGUGUCAUUCAGGACCAGCUGAUCGUUGCAUUGAAAGUGUGGCAACGAAAGCAGGCCUUGGCUGGCAAUGGUGCGCCGUUCCCUACCAAUUUAGAUGGUAUACAAUUUGUUGUGGAGUCCUUGAUGGAUCGCAUGGCAGACAUUACAUUAUUUAUAAGUAAUCUGCUGCAUUUUGGAGAUGACCCAACACUUAAUGAGUUCUUGACACAUGCACAGACCUUACAUAACAUACUUAUCUUUUCAACAUUCAUCGUCGAAAAGCAACCGCCACAGGUGAAGAAAAAGGGUUCCAAACUUCAGGCAACUGUGCGCUGGUUGAUCGGUGAUAAAUUGGGCAUUCAUUUGAGCAAACCAGUUGUAAAAUGUGAAAUACUCUCAGAGGCUCUAGCAAAACGACUUACUAUUGAGAAUAUUCACAUGCCACCAGAGUGCAAUGGCAAAAUGACAGGAAAUGAGUGCCAAAUGGAAUUCGAUGCCAGUAUUAGGAGUUUUUCAGCAAAUUUUUCAACUCUUAUAAUCCACGACAACAAACGCUCCGAGAAGAAGGGUUCCGAAAUUGUUGCAGACGGCAAAUACGCUUUGCUCUUUUACACAACCGCGGUAUAUAAGGGAUAUGCGAUUAAUUGCUGGGCACUCAGUCUACCCAUAGUUGUUGUGGUGCACGAUAAUCAAGCACCACAGGGUUGGGCCACAAUUACCUGGGAUAAUGCGUUCUCCGAAAUCGAACGUGAACCAUUCAAAGUGCCAGAGCGAGUACAUUAUAUGAAACUGUUGGAGACAUUAAAUUUGCGAUUCGCCUACUAUACAGGUCGUCAAUUGACUGCAGAAAAUUUGGAAGUUCUUCACAAAAAACUUGUAGGCGAAGCUGCUCAGCCUAACGAGUAUAUAAGUUAUUCACAAUUCUGCAAAGAUAAGUUGCCUGACUGUGGCUUUACGUUUUGGGACUGGUUCUAUGGCAUAAUGAAAUUGACAAAGGUGUAUUUACAGCAAAUAUGGAAGCAGGGACAUAUUGUCGGAUUUAUAAGUAAGCUUAAAACCAAGGAAAUAUUAUCACAACAAGCCAUGGGGACUUUCCUACUUCGCUUCUCGGAUAGUAAGAAAGGUGGCAUAACUAUCGCCUAUCGUGACGACUGUGGGAACAUAAUAUAUUUGGCGCCGUGGACUUGUGCUGACUUGCAAAUACGUUCCCUGGUUGAUUGUAUACGAGAUUUGAAUGUUUUAAAGGUCGUAUAUCCCGCCAUGGAGCCGAGCAAUGUUGCUUUCUCUAGUUCACCCCCAGUGCAAAAUGUUUCAUCAACAAUUAAUGGUUAUGUAAUACCUAGAAUAAAAAUGCAAAUUGAGCCCUCCUCUUCUAAUGACCAGCAAACUUCGCCUCAACUUUCUGAAGCUACUGUUGCAGACAAUGCCAGCAUGCAGAAUAUGCAUAGUUUCCCAAUGGAACAACUUGAAAAUGAUUUCAAUUUCUUCAAUCACCAAACGUGAGUUGAUUAUACCAUUUUCUAUCAUCUAACUAAGAUUGCAUGUGUUUUGAUAACCACACUUGAAUAAGAUCCCGAAAACUUUCUCAUACAGGAAGAGUUUAUGUAUCAAUACGAAAAAACAUAUUUUUACUUUUUAAUUUAACUAUUUGCAAAUACUUUUAUGUGUUGCUGUCAAUAGUUUGAAUCGCAUUGAAUGGCAGGACUCGGAUAUCGCAGAUUCAACAGCAUCGACAGAUGACUUUUCCUUAAGCGAAAUUAUGUCCUUUGGAUCAUCGAUGAUUGGAGUUUGAACUCCAAAUAAGGAUCUUCAUAUAUCUAUAUAUAUCUAUGUAUAUACAGGUACACAGAUAUUAUCAAAUAGAUAGAUAUUAGAAAUUGUUAACAGUUUUUAAUCACUUUUUCAUGAGUAAUUUUGCAAAACACUAUUUAUGAAAAAUACUUGUAUAGUAGUUAGUUUUAAGACUUAUACAUAUAAUAAAUUUCUAUAUAUUUUAUAACAUGAAUAAUUGUACAUAUUAUAGUUUUUUAUAUCACUACCGUAUAUGUUUAAAAAAUAUAUCGAUUAUAGACACUUGUGUACUAGCCAGUUUUGUAGUUAUUUUCUUUUUUUAUAUAAAUGUUUAUUAACUUGUAUAUAUAUGUAUUAUAUAAUUAAUAAAAAGUGUAAUCAAUUGUA